AUAACUUAUGUUAAACGGUCUCGUUAUACAGCAUGCUUAAGCAUCUAUCUGACAUGUUAUCACCAAACAUUAGCUUAUAAUCAAUCUUUCAGAGUAUUUAAAGAUCAUAUGCAGGUAAAUAAACCACUUGGGGCGAUGAGUGAGAAUAUAUCACAGUUCUCCGCAAGACGAUUUUGUUCAGGUAAAUGAACCACUUGGGCAUCAAUCUUUUGUCCCUUUUGGUCCACAUGAAAAGGUAUACAUUGCUUCUUCUCUUUUUCUCCAAGUUAUUUCCUUGCACAAUAUGCUUCUCUGCAGCAGUCAAGUACAUGUUGCUAUUUCUGGAAGAUUCUCGUCGUUGUGGAAGUAGAAAGACCUAUCUAAUCAAUGGUUGAGUUAGGGCAGGCACCGAGUCUAGAGAUGUUUAAGACUGUGAGUGAUCGGUUUCGAGUAGGGAACAACACAGUGAAAGCUUCGGAGAUGAUGCAAAAGUCUGGCUAUGAUUAGUAACAUGAGCUCUUGCAAGGAGAAGAAAACAUCUGGUCAAGGAUUCUUGUCUAGGCUUCUCUCUGGGAAUGGGGGAUAACUUUGAAAUGUAAAAAAAUCGUGUCCUUCUUAUGUAAUUUUACGAUCAUGUAGAGACAGACUUGUUAUUCUCGUCAACUUUUGCGUCAUUUAAUUUGAGUUAUUAUAUCACUGUUAAGUAUAAUCAACUAAUAAGCCAACUCAAAAGCGUGAAAAUCAUAUCUUCAAAAUUCAAAAAGCAUACACACUUUUGCAAAUAUUUUCAUUUGGGUUCGGUGUCCUGCUUCAGUUUGAUAUACUUUAUAUUUUGAUAUCUUUAUUUUUUACUAAUCAAAGUGUGCGUUUGACACGACCAUUUGAGUUUCAACAUCUCCCAUCAUUUGGGGGUUUGUUAAAUCAUAUUCCAAUGGAGACAUUAUUCUAACUUAUCACACUCCGCAUCAAGUAAUAAUGUUUAACUACUCCACAUGCAUGGUUCCUUCAACAAGAAAAUCUUCUUUAGUUUAGCUCAAGAUUUUUAUACAAAAAUGGACAGAGUUUAUGUUAUCCAGGUUUGGAAAGAUUAAUCAAUUUGGUGGAUUAGGAAGGUUGAAUGCAUAGGUCCAUAAAGAAUACCCUUUCAUGCAAAGUCUAUGAAAUUAUAUAAUAAUAUUAUAGAAGGGCGAGGGAUACCUUUAGCAAGUACAAGGACCUUAUCAUAACCACUACAUGUCCCAAAUGCAUGCACUAUAUAUACACCGAGUGAUUACUCGUAACACUCACACUAUAUAAUUCUUACGCCCCAAGAAACUCAACACUAUAUAAUUCUUACGUCCCAAGAAACUCAACACUCAACAUAGCCCUACGUUUCUGCACAAGAAACCUAAAACACCUUCAAGAAUUGACGAAAAUGAAGUCAGGUCAGGCUGAAAUCGUGGAAACAAGCAAAGCUAUUCAAAAGAGCGGUUUGAUGAGCAGAAGAAAUGCGAUUCUCGAGUUUAUCCUCAGGAUUGUAGCCUUUUUCAACACCAUAACCAGUGCAAUCCUCAUGGCAACCACUAACGAAACUCUGCCUUUCUUUGCUCAAUUCAUACGGUUCCAUGCCGAAUACAGCGAUCUUCCAGCCUUAACGUUCUUUGUGAUUGCAAAUGCUGUUGUAAGUGGUUACCUCAUCUUGUCUUUACCUCUGGCCUUUGUACACAUCGUCAAGAGCAAGACUCAGAACAGUAGAGUUCUUCUUAUCAUCCUUGAUGUGGCAAUGUUGGGUCUUCUAACAGCUGGAGCAUCCUCAGCAGCAGCUAUUGUCUACUUGGCACACAAAGGGAACAACAACACAAACUGGUUUUCUAUUUGUCAACAGUUCAACUCCUUCUGUGAGCGUAUCUCAGGGUCUUUGAUUGGAUCUUUCGUUGCCGUUUUCCUCCUCAUUCUUCUCAUUCUCCUCUCGGCUAUUGCUCUCUCCCGACGCCACUAAAGACCUGGUCUUAACAUAAUAUACAAGUUUUCUUUUAAGAAAUACAUGAUUUAGUGUGUACAAAUGUGAAAUUCAGCUUUCCCUCGUCUGUCCUCUGCAUUUGUGGUUUUUUUCUCAUAUCCAUUGUAAUUUUCUAAGUGGUUUAUGUAACGGGUGACUGUUGUGUGUGUGUUUAUUAACCAUCAGUUAUCACAAUAUCUUAUUUUCUUUUUCAGUAUAUAUAAUCUAUGCUAAAUCCAUAUUCAUGAAAUUAACAUAAUAGCUGAUGAUGACAAGACAAAUCCAAUUUUUAUAACCUCAACACAUU